AGAUAACGGUAGUGUUUGCAGCGGUAAAAAUUGUGAUAUUCAACUAAAGUAAUCUUUGAUCAGGCAAAUUUACUACACUUUAACUCUGUGCCAAUGCAUCUAUGAGUACUCCAACUACGGACCGACAGUUAGAUGAGAGAGGAAAUGCGUUAUAAAUUAUUGCAUUGUUAUCUCAGCUUAUUGUGCAGCAUCAUGCUCUUUUUGCACAACCCCAUUACACCAUGCGCCUUGCAUUCAAAAUACUUCAACACGCCAACGGACGAUGAAACGCUCUUUGGUAUGGAACCCACGGAUAUAUUCGAAAGGAAACGCUCAAUGACCUGUGAUUCUUGCGGCAAUGAAUGUACAAAUGCGUGCGGCACUAAGAAUUUUCGUACCUGUUGCUUCAAUUACCUACGCAAACGAAACGAUCCGGGUGCCAUGAACUCGAUCAGUAAUAAGCGUCUCAUCGAUUUCAUACUACUGCAAGGACGUGCGGCAAUGUACACUUUGGAUGAGCAUCUUAACACUGGCGAUCCGGUGGUGGUCGCUGAUAUGAGAAGUGAUGAGAACGGUAAAGGGGAAUAUGGAGGAGAUGGCAAAGCCUACAGCGCCACCGAUAGUGGACAUCGAAUAAUGAAUGGCCGACAUAAUUUACAACACAUGAUGGUGUAAAGGAUUUGUGGUACUUCCGCGAAUUGCCCUCAAUCGAUUUCUGAUUUAUGAGUUUAUUGAGUUUAUGGAUUUUUCCUGCAUA